UAUCGAAAUAAAAUUUAAGUUAAAUCUUAAAAAGAAAAAAAGAAUACUCAUCCAAAGAAGCAAUAAAAAACACACUCUUUGUCUCUAGUAGAUAAAAUGGGUAUUAUUCUCCACAAUCUCUCUCCCAAUAAUGAAGCAAUCAAAAACCCUAAAAUAAAACACUGCCCCCACAGUGGCCACACAUCCCAUCUUCCUGAUGUUGAUGCCUUCUACAGAUUGAAUUGCAAUUGAAUUCCCAAUCCAGAGAGAAGAAUCAAGGGAAGUUCUCAUUUUGUUGUGUCUGCGUUUUGGAUUAGCUCUCCACGUUGCAUUUCCCAUGGGCGGCCCACGCCGAGCUUCCCCUCUCUUCAACAAUGGCGUGUGGCCAUCCGCCAUUCCCUCUAUGCUUUAAAUAUCUGCCCCUGAGGGCCACUCCGCCCCCCACCACCCUUCAAUCUUGCUUGUUGGAUUUGGUGGCCAACCAUUCACCGUUGAAAACACCCUUUUCAAAACCAAAAGAAAAAGGGUAAUGAAAUUUGAAAAAUCUUCAGUUACUGUACCCGCCAUCUGUAAUCUUUCUCUCCCUUAUCCACUCGAAACCCCAUGUGGGUUUUUCUUUUUUAUAUGUAUUUCUUUUGAAUCUUGCAGGAGUAUCUGGAUUGAUAAGGGUGGAGGGCUGAUUGAGACACAGGAAGAUUCGCGGUUCAACUGUUGAAGAAAACGGUUGAUCUCUUCAUUCUCUUGGGGAUUUUGGUUUUUGGUUUGGCUUUUGCUUGUUGAAUUGACGAAAACUUUAAGGAAGUUAGGCCAACGCUUUGGCGUAUUUCUAUACCCUCUGAUUUCACUUGUAAUCAAAGUAAGCGAAUCUUGGGUUUCUCUGUUUGUUGAUUUUUCUGGUGACCCUCUGCGACCCAACUCCACCUUCCCUGCCUUCUUCUUUCCCAACCAUUUUCGUCGCCUUCUCUUGUCUUUUGCUUCUAUAUACCUCAAAAUUCUUUGUUUCUUCAAAAGAAUACGACCCAUCAAAAGCUUCUUUCAUCUCGGGUUUUAUGCACGAUAGGUGUUUGAAGUUUUGCCUCACUGAAUACCUGAAAGUUGGGACAUGAGACUUUCAUGAAUUUGAAUCAUUAGCUUUUGCCCCAAAGUGUGUUCCGUUUCUUUUUUAAUCAUUAAGGGCAAAACUUGUGUGAUUUUGGUUGUCUUCAUCCUUGGACUGGCCCUUCGGUUUCAGUUAUUCUUUCAUGAGAACCCCCUGUUUCUAUGUUCAUCUUUCCAACUUUUUCAAGUCCAGGUAGUUUAGUUUGUCGUCUUGUUCUAGAUAAGAAGCUUGGUUGGUUUUAGCUGGAAGAGAUCAUUUUUUGCAAUGAUUCAUUCUGGUUUCUUCCUUUCUGGUCCAUCAUUUAAUUCCGAUGCUACUACUUCUUUUAUUUCGAUUUCGGUGUCUGAAGAUGAUGGCGCCACGGCUGACGAUAUCAGAAAUGAGACAUCUGAUUCCCUCCCCCCUUCUUUCUGGGUUAGAACAGCGAUGAAAGCAUCAAGAGCCAGAUGGUUCAUUUUCUUGAGAAGAGUUUUCCACUACCAGAACGGAUCGAGAUCUGAUCUUGGGCCAAAUCCUUUCAAUUCAAGUGCGUGGAUGGCGAUGGAGCUUGUAGCUCUGUUGUUUCAGCUGAUCAUCUCAGUGUUUACUCUUGCUAUUUCACAGACUGAGAGGCCAGUUUGGCCUAUGAGAUUGUGGAUAGGUGGUUAUGAUCUUGGCUGCCUUCUUAGCCUAUUGCUUCUCUACGGCCGCUAUCGGUAUCUCUAUCUAAUGCAAGGAGAUGGUAACAGCCUUUUGGAUAUUGAACAGCAGAGAAGCAAUGAAUCGUCGAGGUACUCACAUUUGACGAACAAAUGUCGGACGUUACUCGAACUUUUCUUUGCGAUAUGGUUCGUAAUGGGUAAUCUUUGGGUCUUCGAUUCUCGCUUUGGCUCGUUCCAAAGAGCUCCCAAGCUACAUCUCCUAUGCAGCAUCCUGCUAGUUUGGAAUGCCAUCUGCUACUCUUUCCCAUUCAUUCUGUUUCUGCUGCUAUGUUGCUGUGUGCCAUUGAUUAGUAGCCUUAUAGGAUAUAACAUGAACAUGGGAUCAACCGAAAAAGGAGCGUCAGAUGAUCAAAUUUCCCAGCUACCAUCCUGGAGAUACAAAGCAGUUGACUCCAACAUCAAACCUGGAAAUCAACCUGAUAGCCAUACAGGACCCCCAAAAGAGGAUCCAGAAUGUUGCAUUUGUCUUGCCAAGUACAAAGACAAAGAAGAAGUGAGACAGUUGCCCUGUUCUCAUGUGUUUCAUCAAAAGUGUGUAGAUAAGUGGCUUGCUAUUACAUCUUCGUGCCCUCUCUGCAAGCAACAACUUCAAAGAUAGAAAACCAAGAAACCAGCAGUUUAAGUGAGUGCUGCUGCUUUAGGUUUUUAAAUUCAUUUUACUUUUCCUUUUUUUCCUCCAAAAGGAAAAUUCUUCAUUUUUCACUAUUUUGUGAGUUAGAUGAAUUUAGAAUAGAGUCUCGCAUGGUUACUUGAGUGAGGUCUUGUGCUCACCAGUAAACCAAAAUAUACUGAAUGUUACAUGUACUAGGAAAAUGAUGCCUUAUUUGUAGAUAUUGUGAGAACUAUAGUAUUUGCCUGAUGAGUAUAAUUACAAACCAAGUGUGCUUUUUCCCACUUUA